UGAAAUGAAUUGAAGUGUCCUGAGCAUUUAAUGGCAAAACAAAUGUAAACCUCCUGUCGAUCUCAAAUCAUACUCGCAUCGUUGAGCUGGCAAAAUUGCAAAAAAUAGAAAUUCAAAGUACUCGAGAUGACGGAAGUGUCCGAAAAGAGCGAGGGCCAUGAAGACAAGCACCAUGGUAAGGCGGAUAACAGUGAGACUUUGGGUAGCUCCUUCUUCGAUAUCCUUUGGCCGCUGAUUCUGGAUGAGAAUACGUGCCACAUUGAAAGCCAGUCGGAGGAGUUCUUUAUGCCACAGAAACCCUUCGACAAACUCAAGUGGCACACCUACCUGUCGCAGGUGGGCUUCCCAUCGUACAUGCCACCACAUGAGCUUCGUUGCUGCGAGGCGGCCAAAAGGGAGGAGGUCCAGGAGGAGGAGGCCCAAAAGGAGGCCAACAAGGAGGCGGAGGAGCGCAAAGCCAUGGCUCAGUGCGACUUCUUAGGAUGGGGAUCGCAGGCCAUACGCCCUGUGGACAAGGAGGUCACCUAUCUGAGGGAGCAGCAAGAGCGGCGACAGAAGUUGGCCUACGACUUUGCCAAUCGUCGCUACCCCUGGACCAUGCAAACCCCCAGCCAUGAGCUGGGCUUCGAGAUGACAACCGAGGUGCAGUACUGCUUCCGAGGGUACAUGGAGCUGCCCAUUCUACAGGCCAUCCACGACCAUAAUUGCAACCUUAUGAUAAUCGACAUCGGCUCAGAGGUGGAACUUGAGGACUGCCAUCGGUGGAUCAAGUAUCGCCCUUACGUCCAGAUGCUGGCUUUGGUGCGAACCCCACAAAUGGAGCGCUCGUUGCAGCUUCUAAAUGUGUUCCACACCCUGUUGGUCGAGGAAUCCGGGGAGAACUCCUGGCACGACGAGCUCCUAAGCUCCCUUCGUAGCGGAUACAGUCACGCUCAGAAAAUCCAACUUCUCAAAUCCUGUGGCGAGCCAUUGGUGUAUGUUUUCAGCCGAUAUCGUGACAUUUGCACUUGCGACACUUACAAAAUAAUUCGCCGGCUGUAGAGCUUACUUUUAGCCUUCAUUCCCAAAAAAGUGAAAUUGCAAAAAAAAAAUUGAUCAGUUAAAACAAAAAAAA